AUGCAAUUAUUUAACAGUAUCAUCUCUUUAUUUGUUCUAUUUACAGUUUUUGUUUUAGGUUCAGAGGAACCUAAGAUUACUCAUAAAGUGUACUUUGAUGUUCAAGCUGGUGAUAAACCAUUAGGUCGUAUAAUAAUGGGUCUAUAUGGUGAAGUUGUUCCAAAGACUGUGGAGAACUUUUAUGAAUUAACUAUAUCAGAAGAUCCUAAAAUGGGUUAUAUUGACUCGAUUUUCCAUCGUGUUAUUCCAAAUUUUAUGAUUCAAGGUGGUGACUUCACUAGCGGUACUGGUGUUGGUGGCAAGUCGAUCUUUGGUAACACUUUUGAAGAUGAAAACUUUGACAUCAAGCAUGACAAACCAGGCAGAUUGUCGAUGGCAAACAGAGGUCCAAACACAAACGGUUCUCAAUUCUUCAUCACGACAGUCAAGACUCCAUGGUUAGAUGGUCGUCAUGUUGUCUUCGGUGAGGUCAUUGAAGGCAUGGACAUUGUCUCACAAAUUGAAACUGUCGCUACAAACAGAAGAGACAGUCCACUAGAGCCAGUUAAGAUCGUUGGGAGCGGUGAGAUUGAAACUAUCCCAGUCGCAGAACAAGAACAUGAGGUGGCUCACGAUGAGUUAUAA